CUCACCUUCCCCCCCCCCUCUCUCUCUCUAAUUCUCUCAUUUCUGCUUUGGUCUCUCUAUUUCCAUGGAUUGUGACCUCUUCUGAGUUUCAGGUUUGGUUAAUUAAUCUUUAAUCUAUGGAAUAAAUUGGAACAAUUGGAAACAGAUUUGAGAAGGGGAAAGAGGGUUUAUUAUGGGUAAAGUGUCUCCUAAGGAUGGAAAUUUGAAGACCCCAAAGCAAAAAAGGCGGUUACGGAGCUCAAGCAGUAGGUAUUUGAAGCCAGGUGCGCUUGCUCAGCUUCAGUAUAGCAAGGCGUCAGCAGCGAAGUCAUGUACCGAUCUUGGAAAAAAGAGGGUUGCUGUGUUUGGCAAUAAGAAGGUGGGGGAUGAUGAUGAGCUGGUGGUCGAAGACAGGGCUAUGGAUAAAAGCCCUUUGUUAUUAUCACCUGUGGGUUUGUGUAAACAGCAUCAUCCAACUAUUGAUAAAAGCCCCUUGAUGCUAUCACCUGUGGAUUUGCUCAAACAAAAUCAUUUAGCGAGGACACCAAAGACCCCUCGGAUUGAAGAUUGUGAUACCGAGUCUAGACUUGAGUGUCUUCCCAUGGAGUUGCUGGUUAAAAUACUCUGUCACCUGCACCAUGACCAACUGAGGGCUGUUUUCCAUGUUUCUCAGAGAGUUAGAAAAGCUGUUUUGCUUGCAAGGCAAUUUCAUUUCAAUUACACAACACCAGAUCGCUCUCGACAGGAGAUGUUACUGACAAUGACCCCACGGCCUACUGAACACUGGCCUUUUAUGAGCAAGGGGAGUGGUAAGGGCAUUUUCAUGUCAACUCCACAUACCCCAAAAGCUCCAAGGCAUGGUCCCCGGCCACCUUCUCGCAUCAAAAUAACUGAGAUGAAGAGUAUUGCUGCGGUUCUUUUCCAAGAUUCAACAUUGUCUUCAAGAUGCAUGGUGCCGUCCACCCUGCCAAAGCCCCUUUGCAAAUCUGUGGCUUCUAACAGGGUUCUAUUCUAUGAGGAGGAGUUAUGCCAGGCUGUUGCUCAGAAUAAACUUCGUUGAUCUCAUUGUCGUUUCUUUCCCAUUGCCUUGUGUUCCAUUUGUAUAGUUUGUUUCCAUCCUAUAGCUAGGUAGUUAUAGUUUGAAAGAGGGGUAUGCAAUUUUGUAGGUUUUCUGGGGCAAAUUAGGUGACAGGUAAUAUGGGACUUCAGAUUUGCACUAGUCCAAAGAUUUAGGUUGUGGUUGUUGGAAUAAUAUAUUUGAAACUGGAUACUUGUAUAUAUUCCUAUAUAUGUUUGCAAUGAUA